AUACAAGAAGCCGGCAUAUUUCAUCUCAUGUUGCUCUUCUGUGUCCAAAAUGGUGGUAACUAGUGCUACUGAUCUCAAACCUAUCGUGGAACGGUGGCCGGAGUACAAACCAAAUAAGCUCCCCGACAAGAACUAUGUACGUGUACUCGACACGACACUUCGUGAGGGCGAACAAGCUCCAGGUGGAUCCCUUACUCCGCCGCAGAAGCUAGAGAUUGCCCGGCAACUCGCUAAACUCCGAGUAGACAUCAUGGAAGUCGGUUUUCCAGGGUCAUCUGAAGAAGAAUUUGAAACCGUAAAAACUAUCGCUAAGACCGUGGGGAAUGAGGUGGAUGUGGAAACAGGUUAUGUCCCGGUGAUAUCCACCCUCGCACGAUGCAUAAAUAGAGACAUUGAGGCCGCUUGGAAGGCGGUGAAGUACGCGAAGAGGCCAAGGAUAUGCAUAUUUACAUCUACUAGUGACAUUCACAUGAAUUAUAAGUUGAAAAAGACUAAAGAAGAAGUGAUCGAGAUGUCCUUGAGUAGUAUUAGGUUCGCUAAAAGCUUAGGCUUCCAUGACAUCCAAUUUGGUUGCGAAGACGGCUGCAGGUCGGAGAAGGAGUUUGUAUGUAAGAUUCUAGGAGAAGCGAUAAAAGCGGGUGCUACUUCGGUGUGCAUCGCGGACACGGUAGGGAUCACCAUGCCACAUGAAUUCGGAGAACUCGUGACCUUUGUCAAAGCAAACACUCCUGGAAUUGAUGAUGUUGUCUUCAGCGUUCAUUGUCACAACGACCUUGGUCUUGCUACCGCAAACACAAUCGCUGCUGUAUGUGCCGGAGUGAGACAAUUCGAAGUAACAAUCAACGGAAUUGGUGAAAGAAGUGGGAAUGCGCCGCUUGAAGAGGUCGUGAUGGCUUUGAAAUGUCGAGGAGCAUAUCUUAUGGAUGGUGCUUACACAAGAAUAGACACACGCCAAAUUAUGGCUACUAGCAAGAUGGUUCAAGAGCAUACCGGCUUGUAUGUUCAACCACAUAAGCCAAUAGUUGGAGACAACUGUUUUGUUCAUGAAAGCGGCAUUCACCAGGAUGGAAUAUUAAAACAUCGAAGUACAUAUGAGAUCUUAUCACCAGAAGAUGUCGGAAUCGUAAAAUCGCAAAAUUCGGGCAUUGUUCUUGGAAAGCUUAGUGGACGUCAUGCUAUAAAAGACAGGCUUAAAGAGUUGGGAUAUGAAAUCGAUGAUGAGAAAUUCAACGAAAUCUUCUCACGAUUCAGAGAUUUAACCAAGCAGAAAAAGAGAAUUACCGACGCUGAUCUGAAGGCAUUAGUGGUGAACGGUGAUGAAAUCACAUCAGAGAAAUCAAAGAGUAAAGGAAUUAACAACAACAACCUUAUUAUGUCAAGUCCUCAUAUUUCCUCUGUUGUAUAAGUUUGUAAAGAGGCAUGUGUAUUUGAAAUACGAUGAUAUCAAGUUCCAUUUGAUAUGCAUGUCUUGUUGUUGUAAUGAAUAAAAAGUUUAAAAUAUC